AUGAAGACGAUCAUCUGCAUCUUGUUGAUGGUGGCCUCUGCUUGGGGGCAGAGCUACAACUGCACGUCUGCAGGAAGAUUUAGGUACAAAGAUUCAGCUUGUCGUUCCUACUACUUGUGCGUUUUGUACAACGGUGGCUACGUCAAGAGUGACUACACGUGUCCAAGUACCAUGAUUUUCGACCCAACGAGCCAAACAUGUUCGACCACGGCGGUUUGCAUCGACAACAUCUGCGAUUCUGUACCUUUGGUACCACUUUUCCCCAAGUUGCCGGACCCCAAUGGGCCCGACUGUCACACCUACAUCCAGUGCAUGGGCAUAAUUGACCGCUACCCGGUGGUCGGAACGUGCCCAGACGGCCUACUAUUCGACAACAACUUCAACCCAGAACCAGACUGUUGGAUUCAAGGAAACUGUAGUACUUAA